AUCCGUCUCUCUCUUUCUCUCUCAAUCACGUACUAGUUGCAGGUUUUUGGUGGUGAAUCGAUAAACAAACGAAGAGAGAAGAAGACGAAGAAGAAGACCGACAAAGUCAACUGGAAGAGGUGUUUGAUCGACUCGAUUUCAGGGGAAAUCACUGAAAAACGUUAGUUUUCUGGCGAUUUUAGGGUAUGCCAAUGGUUGAUGAAAGAUCGUCUUCAGACGGAAAGGUAUUACGCUUAUUCAGGCUUCCGUUUCGGAACGUCGGCGGCAACAGUCACGUUGCAACAUCAUCGUCGUCUUCGCACGCAGCGAACAAUCACGGUUCUUCUACCUCUGUAACUUCCGUUGCUAGAUCUUUUCUUUCACGUCGUCGUCGUCUCCGCCUUGAUCCGGCUACUAAGCUCUUUUUACCAUAUGAACCUGGAAAACAAGUGAGAAGUGCUAUUAGCAUAAAAAAUACAAGCAAAUCCCAUGUUGCUUUCAAGUUCCAAACAACAGAACCGAAAAGUUGUUUCAUGCGACCGCCAGGUGCUAUUCUUGCUCCUGCAGAAGGUCUCAUAGCUACUGUAUUCAAGUUUGUAGAACAGCCAGAAAACAAUGAAAAGCCAGUUGAUCAGAAGUGCAAGGUGAAGUUCAAGAUAAUGAGCCUUAAAGUGGAUGGCACAAUAGACUAUGCACCUGAAUUGUUUGAUGAAUUGAAUGAUCAAGUGGCUGUAGAGCAGAUAUUGCGGGUUGUUUACCUAGACCCGGAGCGACCAAGUCGAGCUCUUGAAAAACUGAAACUUCAGUUGGCAAAUGCGGAGGCUGAACUUGAAGCUAGAAAGAAACCGACAGAAGAUAAUGGAUCAAAGAUCAUAGGAGAAGGACUUAUCAUUGAUGAAUGGAAAGUUCGAAGGGAAAAAUAUCUGAAGAGGCAAGAAGAAGACUCUAUUUGAAGUGGGAAGAGCAAUUACGCUCGUUUUGUUUUUUCGAGUUUGGUGUUGUAAAAUGUACUUUGUGCUUGUUUUUGGGCUAUUUGUAGAUAAUAUUGGUUGUAGCCUAGAAUUUAUUUUGCUUAUGAGUGACUUUGCAAGGAACAAAUAUUAAAUGUUGGUUCUU